ACUCUCUCUCGUUUAUCGCUGCUAUACUCGUUAAUUCUUUUUCGUCGCUGUGCAUUGUAUGAUCUUCGAGUACUAGCUGCUUUUGAUGUUGAGUUGUUUCGUUGAGGAUUGACAGUAAUUAAUUUAUCAUCGGAGAAUGGAUACCGGAGGCAAUUCUCUACCAGGUGGAGCCGAUGGGGUCAAGCGGAAAGUAAGCUAUUUCUAUGACCCUGAGGUAGGGAAUUAUUACUACGGGCAAGGUCACCCGAUGAAGCCUCACAGGAUGCGCAUGACGCACGCGCUUCUUGCACAUUAUGGAAUGUUGCAGCAUAUGCAUGUUCUCAAGCCGAAUCCCGCCAGAGACAAAGAUCUUGCCAGAUUUCACGCUGAUGAUUAUGUUAAUUUUCUGAGGACCAUCACACCGGAGACACAACAGGAACAGCUCAGGCAGCUGAAGAGGUUUAAUGUUGGUGAAGACUGUCCUGUAUUCGAUGGUCUGUACUCGUUCUGCCAGACUUCUGCAGGUGGUUCGGUUGGUGGGGCCGUGAAGCUAAAUCAUGGUCAUUGUGAUAUAGCAGUGAAUUGGGCUGGUGGGUUGCAUCAUGCCAAGAAAUGCGAGGCUUCUGGAUUUUGUUAUGUGAAUGACAUCGUGCUGGCUAUCUUAGAACUCCUAAAAGUUCAUGAGCGUGUUCUCUAUAUAGACAUUGAUAUUCACCAUGGUGAUGGAGUCGAGGAAGCAUUUUACACCACAGAUAGGGUGAUGACUGUUUCUUUUCAUAAAUUUGGAGAUUAUUUUCCUGGGACAGGUGAUGUACGAGACAUUGGAUUUGGGAAGGGAAAAUAUUACUCUCUUAAUGUUCCCUUGGAUGAUGGAAUUGAUGACGAAAGCUAUCAGUCUCUAUUUAAGCCAAUAAUGGGAAAGGUUAUGGAGAUUUUUAAACCUGGUGCGGUAGUAUUACAAUGUGGUGCAGACUCGCUGUCUGGAGAUCGGUUAGGAUGCUUUAAUCUCUCCAUUAAGGGUCAUGCCGAGUGUGUGAGGUUUAUGAGAUCAUUCAACGUCCCUCUCCUGUUGGUGGGUGGUGGUGGUUACACCAUACGUAAUGUUGCUCGUUGCUGGUGUUAUGAGACAAGUGUAGCACUUGGCAUUGAACUUGAUGACAAGAUACCACAGCAUGAAUACUAUGAGUAUUUCGGUCCUGAUUAUACUCUGCAUGUUGCUCCAAGUAACAUGGAAAAUAAGAACUCGCGUCAUUUGUUGGAAGAGAUCAAAUCAAAGCUUCUUGAAAACCUCUCAAGGCUUCAGCAUGCACCAAGUGUCCAAUUUCAGGAGCGGCCACCAGAUAGUGAACUGCCACAGAUGGAAGAAGAUCAUGAUGGAGAGGAUGAGAGAUAUGACCCCGACUCUGAUAUGGAACUUGAUGAUGAACGGAAGCCUCUACCAGGCAGAGUGAAGAGUGAAUUAGCUGAACCCGAACCAAAAGACAUGGAUGUUGUCAAAGAGGAUGAGCCGGAUCGGGAAGUUGAUCUGCAAUGCUCCGAACCCCUUGCCUAAGGGCUAUUGCACAACUCCACACUAUAGUGUAAGUAAUUUUGGUGAAAUACUCUAAAUGUGGGUAAAUUUACAGACGAGGUCGGGGAUUCAGACAUGAAUUUGCAGAUGUAUAACUGUGAUCACUUUGGUAAAUUUAUGCAAGCAUCGCAAAUCCUCAUCUAGAGCUGCUGAGAGAAAACUGUAAUGAUUAUAUUAUUACUUUGCUGCCUUGCUUGAAUUCAUUUAUUUUCCGAGUAAUGAAACUUAACAUCUUCAUAUA